UCCGCACCUACUUUGGCUGGGGAAGUCUGAUGACACCCCCCUCCCCUCCCCUCAACCGAAACCAAUAAGCCUCGUCCUUUUAGACGUCUCUUCUCUAAACUUUUAACCUUUCAACUACUCCCUUUGGUCUUCAGCCUCAGCUCAUCCAUCUCUAAAAUCCUCUCCAUCUAAACCCAAACGAUUGUCUCCUGAUCAUUAGAUUCCUGACUCAUUUUGCCUUCCCAUUUUACAUCCUUUGGAUUCUUCGUUGUUUCUGUGCAGAAACAAUGAAUUGAAACGCAAAGCAUUUAUUCCAUAAACACAAUCCCCCUAUCCUUCCCCCCUCCCAAAAAAAAAAACCCCGGUCUUUAGGUGUGGAUCUGUGUGGUCAAGCAAAUGGGAGAUUCUAGUGAGGAUUGUAGAAGCAGGGAAGAGGAAAUCUUUUGGACCCAUUUUCAGUGCAUUCAUUUCUCUCAAUUUCUCCGUGGUGAUUUUCUUCAUCAGCUUGAAAUACCAGAAAAAUUCGCUAAGAAUAUUAGGAAAAAGCUUCCUGAAACCGUCACUGUUAAAGGUCCUAGCGGUAUCAUAUGGGAUCUAGGACUGACUGCAGAUGGUGAUACCUUGUUCUUCAACGAUGGAUGGAGAAAUUUUGUACUAGACCAUUCUUUGGAAGAGAAUGACUUGUUGAUCUUCAAGUACAAUGGGCUGUCCCAUUUUGAUGUUCUUAUGUUUGAGGGCCAGAGCUUGUGUGAGAAGGGAUCUUCUUAUUUUGUGAGGAAGUGUGUGCAUCCGGAAUCGGAGAAUGGAUACCAAAAUAAACGAAAGAUUGAUGAGAACCCUGAUGAAAUUGUGCACAAAUCUUCACAGUGUGGUCUUGAAAGCAGUCCCGAGAAAUCUACUAACAAUGACAUUGGCACAGCGCCAUCAAGGGGACCUAUCAACUCUGCACCUACUAAUAAGAAGAUGCGGUAUGCAGGUUCUUCUACUAAAUCGAUCUAUGCUAGGCACCUUGGAGGCAAAGAACGUUGUACUUUUCCUGGAGAAGUGAGGUUCGAAACUGAGUUUGAUGGUGCAAUAAUGGAUGAAGGUGACUUUAGCCCUCACCCUACAUGUUAUAACGGGCCUUUGACUCAAUUCGAGAAAGCAAAUGCCAUUGCAAAGGCACAGGAAGCAUUAACCAGAGAUGGUUUUAUGGUGGUUAUGAAGCCUACGCAUGUAUGGAGACGGUUUUACAUGGCAAUCCCUGUUGCCUGGACGGCUAAACAUCACUUAAAAGAAAACACAGAUAUCAUUCUACGCAUUAACAAGCGUACAUGGAGGACCAGGUAUAAUUAUCACAAAAAUCGUGAUUGUGGAGGGCUUUCUGGUGGUUGGAAGUGUUUUGUGAAUGACAAUAAUUUAAUAGAAUAUGAUGUGUGUGUAUUUGAGCCUUCCAAUAUAGGAGGAAAACCUAUCAUCCUGGAUGUUAUCAUCAUUCGGGUUCUGGACUCAGCAGUUCAAGCACCAGUACCUCUGACCAUAACACACCCUGCCUCUUGCUAAAUCGCAGCAGUUAACUCUCAGAAUCUGCCAGAAAUGAAAUAGCAGUUUAGUGAUGGCAUCAUCUCUAGGUACGUCAAGCUAUGGAUGUUUGAUAUGUUGUGAAGUUGUAGUUUAGAAUGUUGGUUAAUCUGUGUUGCUACUACUGCCUGAUGGAAAGUUGAUCUGGUUGUAAUUUUAUGUAUGUUUUAGAUGGUUAUUGUUCUGCCAUUGAUCUCUUUUUCCAUCUCUGUGAGGUUUGUUGCUAGAGUGGUUUCAUUAUCAAUCAUAUUGCUGUUUAGCUCA